GGACCACACGCUCUAUAUGGCCUUGGCCGCCUUCAUCGUCGUCGUUCUCAAGGCUCCCCCUGCCGCCGCACUCCCGAGCCAUCCCCACCUUCGCCGCCUCGGUGAGCAACCUCAGAGCACGCCUAUCAGCGUGACCACGAUCGUCGGGAUCGUCUUCUGUGCCCUCUUCUUCGCCAUCCUGAUCUCCACCUUCCUCUGUUUCGGCCGCAUGAGGGACGCGACGGUCUGGCUGUGCACCGACGUCCGCCCGGCGCUGCGCAGAGAGAUGCGUGCGCUCUGGACGCGUCUGGUGGGCGGCCUCUGCCGCCGCCCGCCCCGGGUCGCCUCUGCCGCCGCCGCACACGGGCGCAGGGACGGUCGGCGCCCACACGUCCUCCCCCCCAUCGCCACCGCCCACUCGGCACCGCGCGACGUCCGUCUCCCCAAGCCCUCGCAUGCCCAUGUCGGCGGCGGCGGCGCUGCCGCUGCCGCUGCGCAGAGCAGGGUCGAGAAUUGAAGCCCCGCCCGCGCGCGUGCCCUGUGACUGGGACCGGGACCGACGGACAUACACACGGACAUACAAGCGUGGAAGCCUAGGCGCAGCACAGCGUAUGUGUGGCGAGGCGGUGCGCACCCGGGUGCCCGCUGUUGAUGUCGCUCCGAUCCCGCCGAUCGAAGGACGACGGGGACGAUGGAGAAGGAGAUAUGCAGCCGGAUGCGGAGGGGAGUUUCUGGUCCCGAUGCUGAUGCCGGUCCACCCCCCGAUCCUGCCUUGUCUUGUCUGUGAUCGCGUCCUGUGCCUUCCCAUCGCGUCCUGCCCUAGCCUGCCCUGCCCUGCCCUCCCCACACACACACACACACACACACACCUACCUACUCACACCCACAAUGAGCCUUCUACCCCUUCCCUUUCACUUCUGUGCUCGCCCGUGCAUCCCCUCGCUUCUAUUCGCGCUCUUCUUUCCUUCCCUAUCUCCCGGAUCUCAUUUACGUUAUGUCCUAUCUGCAUUCGAACCCGCGUCGUCCAUCACUUUGCUUUCGCGCCCCCAAUGGCAGUUUUCUUUGGUUUAAGCCUUUUU